UUUCAAAAAGAGUGCUGCCCAGAAAGAGCCUCCCACCCUCCUGUCCGACUUCAGCAGGACCCUGAGCCCCAGGUGCCAGCCACAGGACUCUGCUACAGAGGGGGGUUGUGUACAGAUAGUAAGGUUUUACCGCCUAGCUUCGAAAUGGAUAACGUCCUCCCGGUGGACUCAGACCUCUCCGCAAACAUCUCCACUAACACCUCGGAACCCAAUCAGUUCGUGCAACCAGCCUGGCAAAUUGUCCUUUGGGCAGCUGCCUAUACGGUCAUUGUGGUGACCUCUGUGGUGGGCAACGUGGUAGUGAUGUGGAUCAUCUUAGCCCACAAAAGAAUGAGGACAGUGACCAAUUAUUUUCUGGUGAACCUGGCCUUCGCGGAGGCCUCCAUGGCUGCAUUCAAUACAGUGGUGAACUUCACCUAUGCUGUCCACAACGAAUGGUACUACGGCCUGUUCUACUGCAAGUUCCACAACUUCUUCCCCAUCGCUGCUGUCUUCGCCAGUAUCUACUCCAUGACGGCUGUGGCCUUUGAUAGGUACAUGGCCAUCAUCCAUCCCCUCCAGCCCCGGCUGUCCGCCACGGCCACCAAAGUGGUCAUCUGUGUCAUCUGGGUCCUGGCUCUCCUGCUGGCCUUCCCCCAGGGCUACUACUCAACCACAGAGACCAUGCCCAGCAGAGUCGUAUGCAUGAUCGAAUGGCCAGAGCAUCCCAACAAGAUUUAUGAGAAAGUGUACCACAUCUGCGUAACUGUGCUGAUCUACUUCCUCCCCCUGCUGGUGAUUGGCUAUGCAUACACCGUAGUGGGAAUCACACUAUGGGCCAGUGAGAUCCCCGGGGACUCCUCUGACCGCUACCACGAGCAAGUCUCUGCCAAGCGCAAGGUGGUCAAAAUGAUGAUCGUCGUGGUGUGCACCUUCGCCAUCUGCUGGCUGCCCUUCCACAUCUUCUUCCUCCUGCCCUACAUCAACCCGGAUCUCUACCUGAAGAAGUUUAUCCAGCAGGUCUACCUGGCCAUCAUGUGGUUGGCCAUGAGCUCCACUAUGUACAACCCCAUCAUCUACUGCUGCCUCAAUGACAGGUUCCGUCUGGGCUUCAAGCAUGCCUUCCGGUGCUGCCCCUUCAUCAGUGCCGGCGACUAUGAGGGGCUGGAAAUGAAAUCCACCCGCUAUCUCCAGACCCAGGGCAGUGUUUACAAAGUCAGCCGCCUGGAGACCACCAUCUCCACAGUGGUGGGGGCCCAUGAGGAGGAGCCAGAGGAUGGCCCCAAGGCCACACCUUCAUCCCUGGACCUGACCUCCAACUGCUCUUCACGAAGCGACUCCAAAACCAUGACAGAGAGCUUCAGCUUCUCCUCCAAUGUGGUCUCCUAGGUCACAGGGCCUUUGGCAGGUGCAGCCCCCACUGCCUUUGUCCUGCCUCCCUUCAUGCAU